GCUCUCGCCCUCGGAGCACCCUUCUCACUCCUUGGUCUCCGGGACGGACGCUCAGACUCUUCUCUCGCCUUAGCCAGACUCGUUUUCCCGCCUCUCAAACUCCGGCUUCCCUCCACUCCUCGCUCUUUUCCCUCCACAUUCCCCUCCUCUUUCUCCCACGCCGCAAACCCUGGUCCCCGUUGCCUUCCCCGGCCCUUUCCCUUUCCCUUCUCCUUCGACUUCUGUCCGCUUCCACCUCAGACUCCCCGAGCGUGCCUAACUCAGUCACCCGCUCCGGUUCCGCUCGAAGUCAUGGCGGGACCUGGGGGUUGGAGGGACAAGGAGGUCACGGAUCUGGGCCACUUGCCGGAUCCCACUGGAAUAUUCUCACUGGAUAAAACCAUUGGCCUUGGUACUUAUGGCAGAAUCUAUUUGGGACUCCAUGAAAAGACUGGUGCACUUACAGCUGUUAAAGUGAUGAAUGCUCGUAAGACCCCUUUACCUGAAAUAGGGAGGCGAGUAAGAGUGAAUAAAUAUCAAAAGUCUGUCGGGUGGAGAUACAGUGAUGAAGAAGAAGAUCUCAGGACUGAACUCAACCUUUUGAAGAAGUACUCUUUCCACAAGAACAUUGUGUCCUUCUAUGGUGCAUUUUUCAAGCUGAGUCCCCCUGGCCAGAGACAUCAACUUUGGAUGGUGAUGGAGUUAUGUGCAGCAGGCUCAGUCACUGAUGUAGUGAGAAUGACCAGAAAUCAGAGUUUGAAAGAAGAUUGGAUUGCUUAUAUCUGCCGAGAAAUCCUCCAGGGCUUAGCUCAUCUUCAUGCACACCGUGUAAUUCACCGGGACAUCAAAGGUCAGAAUGUGCUACUGACUCAUAAUGCUGAAGUAAAACUAGUGGAUUUUGGAGUGAGUGCCCAGGUGAGCAGAACUAAUGGGAGGAGAAAUAGCUUCAUUGGGACACCAUACUGGAUGGCACCUGAGGUGAUUGACUGUGACGAGGACCCCAGACGCUCCUAUGAUUACAGAAGUGAUGUGUGGUCCGUGGGAAUCACUGCUAUUGAAAUGGCUGAAGGGGCUCCUCCCCUGUGUAACCUUCAGCCUUUGGAAGCCCUAUUCGUUAUUUUGCGAGAAUCUGCUCCCAAAGUCAAAUCCAGCGGAUGGUCCCGCAAGUUCCAUAAUUUCAUGGAAAAGUGCAUGAUAAAAAAUUUCUUAUUUCGUCCUACUUCUGCAAACAUGCUUCAUCACCCAUUUGUUCGGAAUAUAAAAAAUGAAGGGCAUGUUGUUGAGUCAUUAAAGAAGCACCUUACUGGAAUCAUUAAAAAGAGACAGAAAAAAGGAAUACCUCUGAUCUUUGAAAGAGAAGAAGCUAUUAAGGAGCAGUAUACCAUGAGAAGAUUCAGGGGACCUUCUUGUACUCAUGAGCUUCUGAGAUUGCCUACGAGCAGUAGAUGCAGACCACUUAGAGUCCUGCAUGGAGAACCCUCUCAGCCAAGGUGGUUACCUGAUCGAGAAGAGCCACAGGUUCAGGCCCUUCAGCAUCUCCAGGGAGCAGCCAGGGUGUUCAUGCCACUACAGGCUCAUGACAGUGCACCUAGGCCUCUACAGGGGCAAGCCCAGGCACCUCAGCGACUACAGGGGGCAGCUCGGGUGUUCAUGCCACUACAGGCUCAGGUUAAGGCUAAGGCAUCUAGGCCCCUACAGAUGCAGAUGAAGGCACCUCCACGACUACGGAGGACAGCCUGGAUGCUUAUGCCACUACAGGCUCAGGUUAAGGCCCCUAGGCCUCUAAAGGUACAGGCCCAGGUACCCAAAGAGCAGCAGGCUCAGGCCCAGCCCCAGGCCUCAGGAGAGCUGCAGGAUCUGGACCAGGUACCAGAGGAAGUUCAAGGGCAAGAUCAGGUACCUGAACAACAGCAAAGGCAGGGCCAGGUCCCUGAACAACAGCAGAGACAGAACCAGGUACCUGAACAGCAGCUGGAGCAGAACAGGGCACCCGAGCAGCCAGAGGUACAGGAACAGGCUGCUGAGCCUACACAGGCAGAGACAGAGGCAGAGGAACCUGAGUCAUUACGAGUACAUGCCCAGGUAUUCCUGCCCCUACUGUCACAGAACCACCACGUGCUGUUGCCACUACAUUUGGAUACUCAGGUGCUCAUUCCAGUAGAGGGGCAAAAUGAACGGUCACCUCAAGCACAGCCCUGGGCACUAGAGCCCACGCAGGCAGUUGGCUCUGUUCAAGCACUGAUAGAGGGACUAUCAAGAGACUUACUUCGAGCACCAAACUCACAUAACUCAAAGCCGCUUGGUCUACUGCAAAUCCUGAUGGAAAACCUGUCAUCAGACGUGUUUUACUCUCAACCAGAACAAGCACGGAAGAAAAAAUCAAAAGUUUCUAGUCUAAGGCAGGCAUUGGCAAAAAGACUAUCACCAAAGAGGUUCCGGGCAAAGUUGUCACGCAGACCUGAAGAGUUUGAGCUAUCAGAUUUAGAAGCCCAUAGGCAAAGGCGCCAACGCAGAUGGGAGGAUAUCUUUAAUCAGCAUGAAGAAGAAUUGAGACAAGUUGCAAAUGAAAAGGAAGAUGAAUCAUCAGAUAAUGAUGAAGUAUUUCAUUCGAUUCAGGCUGAAGUCCAAAUAGAACCAUUGCAGCCAUACAUUCCAAAUCCUAAAGAAAAUGAGGUUCAAGAGAGAUCUAUUUCUAUGCCUUACAACCAGGAUCGUGUACAUCGUGUCAAGUUCUCUUCAAGUGUUCCUCAGCGGUCUCUUUUGGAACAAGCUCAGAAGCCCAUUGACAUCAGACAAAGAAGUUCGCAAAAUCCUCAAAAUUGCCCAGCAGCAUCAGAAUCUUCUUCUGAGGAAGAGAGCCCUGUGACCAGGAGGAGGUCCCAGUCAUCACCACCUUAUUCUACUAUUGAUCAGAGGUUGCUGGUUGACAUCCAUGUUCCAGAUGGAUUUAAAGUAGGAAAAAUAUCACCCCCCGUUUACUUGACAAAUGAAUGGGUAGGCUAUAAUGCACUCUCUGAAAUCUUCCGGAAUGAUUGGUUAACUCCUGCACCUGUCAUUCAGCCACCUGAAGAGGAUGGUGAUUAUGUUGAACUCUAUGAUGCUGGUGCUGAUACUGAUGGUGAUGAUGAUGAUUCUAAUGAUGCUUAUGAAGAUACUUAUGACCAUGACAAUGGCUGUGAUGAGUUGGAUAACCAGGUUGAUCAGGCUAAUGAUGCUGGUGAAGACCAAGAUGAUGAUGACAAUGAUGAGGUUGUUGAUGACAAAGGCAAUAAUCGUGAUGAUGCUCCUAGUUGGCCAAGGCCAAGCUGUGGCAGAGGUGGAAGCUACAAGCAAGAUGGUAAAGAUGGAAGUGAUGGAGGGGAAGGAACUUUCAGCAGCAAUGGAAGCCAGAGAGCUAGUAGAAGCCACGGAGGAAGUACAGCCAUUAGGGGCAGUGAAGCCAUUGGAGACCAUGAAGGACACAGAGCCAAUACAGGCAGUGGAAGAAGAGGCAAAGAGAGUAAUGGAAAUGAGGGAGUCAGUGGAACCAAUGAAGAGAGUGAAGCCCUUGAACUCAAUGGAGAAGGAAAUUGCUCAGAGAUAGAUGAUCCAGUAUUGGAGAGACCAGCAUCCCAGGAAUUUGAACAUAAACCAGAGGAGUCAGGUGGUAGAAGUGAAGCCUCAAAUGCCGUUGCCUCAGGUGCUGCACCUGCAGCACCUGGUGAUGAGAAUGACACUAUGGACAUAUCAGAAGUAUCAACAGAAUCAGGUUUUUCUGCCAGCCACUCAUCUCCUUCCAAAGGUUCUGAAGGGGCUGCAAAUGCUGACUUUGCCAGUACCAUCUUAUAUGCUGGAUUAGUGGAAGUACCUGAGAAAUCAUCUAAGCAACCCUCUGAAGUCAAUGUUAACCCACUCUAUGUCUCUCCUGAAUGUAAAAAACCACUAAUCCACAUGUAUGAAAAGGAAUUCACUUCUGAGAUCUGCUGUGGUUCUUUGUGGGGAGUGAAUUUGCUGUUGGGAACUCGAUCAAAUCUGUAUCUGAUGGACAGAAGCGGAAAGGCAGACAUUACUAAACUUAUAAAGCGAAGACCAUUCCGUCAAAUUCAAGUUGUAGAGCCCCUCAAUUUGCUGAUUACCAUCUCCGGCCAUAAGAACAGACUUCGGGUGUAUCAUUUGACCUGGCUGAGAAACAAGAUUUUGAAUGAUGAUCCAGAAAGUAAAAGAAGACAAGAGGAAAUGCUCAAGACAGAGGAAGCCUGCAAAGCUAUUGAUAAGUUGACAGGCUGUGAACACUUCAGUGUCUUGCAACAUGAAGAAACAACAUAUAUUGCAAUUGCUUUGAAAUCAUCAAUUCACCUGUAUGCAUGGGCACCAAAGUCCUUUGAUGAAAGCACUGCCAUUAAAGUGAUGUGCAUUGAUCAAUCAGCAGACUCCGAAGGAGACUACAUGUCCUAUGAAGCCUAUAUACGAAUACUGGCAAAAAUACAGGCAGCUGAUCCAGCAAACCGGUUUAAGAGACCAGAUGAGCUCCUUCAUUUGCUGAAGCUCAAGGUGUUUCCAACACUUGGUCAUAAGCCAGUGACAGUUGACCUGGCUAUUGGUUCUGAAAAAAGACUAAAGAUUUUCUUCAGCUCAGCAAAUGGAUAUCACAUCAUUGAUGCAGAAUCUGAGGUUAUGUCUGAUGUGACCCUGCCAAAUAAUCCCCUGGAAAUCAUUAUACCACAGAAUAUCAUCAUUUUACCUGAUUCCUUGGGAAUUGGCAUGAUGCUCACUUUCAAUGCCGAAGCCCUUUCCAUGGAAGCAAAUGAACAACUCUUCAAGAAGAUCCUUGAAGUGUGGAAAGACAUACCAUCUUCAGUAGCUUAUGAGUGUUCACAGCGAGCCACAGGAUGGGGCCAAAAAGCCAUUGAAGUCCGCUCUUUGCAGUCAAGGGUUCUGGAAAGUGAACUGAAGCGCAGGUCAAUUAAGAAGCUGAGAUUUCUGUGUACCCGAGGUGACAAGCUGUUCUUUACCUCUAUCCUGCGCAAUCGCCACAGCCGGGUUUACUUCAUGACCCUUGGAAAACUUGAAGAGCUCCAAAGCAAUUAUGGUGUUUAA